CGUACCGUAGUGAAUGCAACGUUACAAUUGUAAUGUGUGUCCGACAAUUUAUUUUCUUAUACUAUUUAUUGCUAAAGUAAACGUUCAUGCUGAUGUAUCGUGUCAUUUACGAACGCGUUUAAUUCAAUUUCAUUAUUACGAAUAAAUAUGCUACAAAGUAUUAUUAUCAGAUACAUUAUAACCAUGUGCUCAAGUUAUAAAAUCACGGCAGAAAAUAAAUUGCUUUUGCCCAUUCUGUAAAAUUGACAAAACAACACAAUUAUCAACGUCAUUGGCGUCGUUAAAAGAAUAAGAAUAUAAGUCAUCUAGAAGAGAGAGACCUGCUGAUCAUAAUUAAACUAAUUGAAUACGCAUAUAUAUUGGAUUAAAAUAGUAUUUUUUAUCAAAGACAACAUCAAAAUGGCGCCAGUACCUUUAGAAGGUCAUCAAACUCCUGUUACAAAUAAUAUACCACAAGAGGGUAAUCGCGGAGGAUCCAUCUCCUUAGCCAUGCUCAUAGAUUUUAUAAUACAACGAACAUAUCAUGAACUCACUGUUCUUGCGGAACUAUUACCUCGUAAAACAGAUAUGGAACGCAAAAUUGAAAUUUAUAAUUUUUCUGCUCGAACAAGACAAUUGUAUGUUCGUUUAUUGGCAUUGGUAAAAUGGGCAAAUAGUGCAUCUAAAGUGGAUAAGUCUACACAUAUUAUGGCAUUUUUGGAUAAACAAUCAUUGCUCUUUGUCGAUACUGCGGAUAUGUUAGCAAGAAUGGCUCGUGAAACUUUGGUACAUGCUAGACUUCCAAAUUUUCAUAUCCCUGCAGCUGUAGAAGUACUUACGACUGGCACAUAUGGCAGAUUACCAGCUUGCAUUAGAGAAAGAAUAGUGCCUCCAGAUCCUAUUACAGCUGCAGAGAAAAGAAGCACAUUACAAAGGUUGAAUCAAGUCAUUCAACAUAGAUUAGUUACUGGAAAUUUAUUGCCACAAAUGCGUAAUUUAAAGAUUGAAGCAGGAAGAGUGACGUUUCUCGUAGAGCAAGAAUUUUCAGUGUCUCUUACAGUUAUGAGUGAUGGGCCAACAGUUCCAUGGAGAUUAUUAGAAUUAGAGAUUUUGGUUUCGGAUAGGGAAACUGGAGAUGGAAAGGCAUUGGUACAUCCCAUGCAAACUCGAUACGUACAUCAGGUUAUACAAUCACGAUUGGCUGAAAGUACCAAUCCAUUGUCAGAAGUGUAUUUUUUUUUGCAUUACUUUUGUCAAUCAUUGCAAUUAGAAGUUUUGUUUUCUCAAACAUUAAGACUCAUUCAGGAUAGAUUAGAUGAUCAUAUUCAUGUAGAUGAAUAUGCACCUGGCAAAUGCCUCUCUGUAUCUUAUUGGAGGGAAUUAACGAGUAAGGAUCCACGAUCAGAACUUGGAUAUAAAUUGACCAUUCAAGUAGAUCAACAUGAUCCUGCAAGACCUCUUGCAGUUGUACACAUUCCGUCAUUGGGAAAUAAGGAAAGUGAAAUAGCACAUAGAGCAAUUAGAUCGGAUCAGUUAUCAAUGGAAUGUUUACUCGUGCACACAAUUUAUAUUCGGACGCGAAGUCGUCUAUCCGAAUUGAAACAAGAGUUACAAACGAUGCUGAAGGACGUUGAAUGUACCUUAGCAGGAUCUCCAGCUAUUUUAUCAGUACCUAUAUUACAACCAUGUUUACGUGCUGAGCUUCUAUUAGUUACAGUUGACACUCAUACUGGUAUGCUACAGUGUCAUGUUCCUCAAUACGAUGCACCUCUUGUACCAGAGUUAACAGCGGCUCUGAAUGGGGAUCAUUCGCGUCUUCCGACACUUAUAUCUGAAUUGAGAUUUUGGAUAACACAAAGACGUUGCGAGAAAACAUUGCAGCAUUUAGCCGCUACUUCUCAUGAACGUUUGCCUGUAUUACAUCAUCCAGAUCAUCCUAUGUCUAAGAUUAGUAGACAUCGCAUGUUUGUGCAACUGCAUAAGCAUCCUACAGUUAUACUGAUUGUUGCAUUCAAAGAAAAAGAAAACUCGCCGUGUGAAAUAGAAUGUUCCUUCUAUCUCGCUGUAGUGAAGCAUAGUUCUAUUGAAGAUGAUCCGCACGAUGAUAGCAUAGAAACGGAAAUACCAAAAAUGUAUCUAAAAGUUCAGAGUCUUAUUGAGUUUGACACUUUCGUCAUUACACACGGCCCAUUUACAAGUGUGGACAGUGGGAAUAAUGAUCAAGAUGGGGGGUGCAUUACAGAAGUGGUGGAGACGACGACGAGCAACAAACGUAGAAGCACUGGGGUUGGAGGAAGGACAGACGCGGUGGGAACAUCACAGAAUAGAAGAGCAAAACAUCCGGCUUACUUCAUUCCGGAAUUAGCACAUGUUGUCGCUCUGUGCGACGAGCGGAUACCAUUUGUAACUCUAGCUCAAGAACUUACUAGACGAGAGAUAGCUCAUCAAGGGCUACAGGUUGAAGCGAAUGCCACGGCAUUGGUACUGAAACUUGUUCAAUUACCUGCACCAUCACCAACUAUUGCUACAAGUAGUGCCUGGCACGCUCUUCUCAAAAGACUGUUGAGUGUUUCGAUUAGAGUUCAAGGAAAAGGCAUGGCUAAAACUUGGAUGGUGGAAUUUGUAUUCUUUGGUAGUCCCCUCUCUAGUAGUCACCCCAAGGAACAAGGUGUACGAAGACCAGUCUAUUUUCAAUAUGAAAUGGGAACAGCUGAUACUGUUUCUCGCACUGUAGAUGCCUUAUUAAAUGACUGGGCACAAAUAGUGCAUUUGUAUUCACUUGUUCAUGAUUUAGCUGAAUAUUUCAAAAUGGAGAAGUACAAUUUACGCAACAUGGUUAGCAUUAAGUCUUAUAGUUAUAGCAAGCUAGUUCUUGCAUAUGGUCCAAAUCAUGCUGCAAUUGUAACUGUACAGUGGAAUGAUAAAGCAAACUUCAAACUUGUAUUUGGCAGAAGUCCAACCAAUACAGUGACCAAUGCGCAUUCUAUAAUGAAGGAACAGCUAGAAGCCCACUUAAAUAGGCACAAGAAUUUGGCACAAAUUAUUCAUAUACUUAACGAAACGCUUCAACCGCUUACGUCGAUCAGUAAAUUACCGACAAUACCUCAGUUAUGCGUGCAUGCGGUAAGUGCACGCGCAUAUCUGUCUCUUUUCGGUUCAGACUUACGGAUAAAUUCCUCUCUACAGAGACCACGAGUGCCAGUACAAACGUUUACUAUAAUGCCACAAUGUGUCACUUUAGUAAAGAUAGCAUAUCAAGGAAUGUAUUGCUUGGAAUUACGUUUGCGCGGCGGAGGUUUGGUGAGUUUACGUGAUGGUGCUUAUAGUCAUUUCGACAAAAGUAACGUCGUCGACGAGUUCACGCCCACACAGGGCUUAAAGGCAUUUCUGUCGAAAUAUGUCGACGAGAAUGCGGUAUAUAGAAGAAGAUCUCAAUCGGAGGACGAUAAUCCACCGUCCCCCGUCACUAUGGAUAGCGAUGGUGGUGGAGGUAAUGUAGGAGGUUUCUUAGGACAUCAUAGAAGCGGGCCGCAAUCGCCCGCGCAACAACGUGAGGGUUUAAGAUUUCAUCCGCCGCUCACACCACCAUCCGGCAGUAAUCCUCACACACCAGCCAGUCCUCACACCGCAAAUAUAUCGCAGGCCAGUCAACAUCAAAGUUUCGGAAGCAGUCCUGCAACGUCGUUUAACUUGGCGUCCCCGCCAUCGUUACCACCGAAUACACCUAGCAUGUUACCGCACCCGUCUCCUGGAUCGGGACUCGUCGCGAACAGUCCUCUAAAUCAGAUGCACGUUCCUAGUCCAGCUGGUCUCAUGCCAACGUCGUCGCCUGGACCUUGUAGUAAUGUUCAAGUAGGACAUUCUCCUGCUGGUUCAUUUAUGCAAACGGGUCAUAUCGAUGGUAGUCCUUUCCCGUCUUCUCAAAGUAUGGCUUCACCGGCUGCUUCCAAUUGGCCUGGAUCUCCGAGCGUACCUAGACCAUCCCCUGCGAGACAAAGUCCGGGUCACGUGGCGCUACAUAGCCCACAAGCCUCCGAUCACAAGACUGUUAGUCACAUGUCCAGAGUAUUACCACCGAGGUCUUGGGCUGGUGCCGUACCGACGCUUCUCACGCACGAAGCGCUAGAAUCACUUUGUUGCUCCUUGCCUCAUCCGUCUGGCUUACCAGGUCCAGAUAUGUCGCCGCUCGAGAGAUUUCUAGGUUGCGUCUACAUGAGAAGACAACUGCAACGUUUUAUCCAAACGGACGAUUGCGUAACUGGUAUCAAUAGCACCGAACCUGGCGUAGUACAUUUUAAAGUCGAAAGCUUACAAUGUAGAGUUGGAUUAAAUCCGCAAUAUUUCCAAUCUCUUCAUAUUAAAGUACAACCACUUCCAGAAUACAAAGAUCAAUGGAGUCUGGAAGAGUUACAAAUUAUAGAAAAAUUCUUUGAUACACGAGUCGCCGCCCCACCUUAUAAACACAAUACACUAUCUGGCUUCGGAAGGAUGCUUAAUGUACGUUUUAAGGUGUUGAAAGACUUUGUGCAAAUAAUGAAAUUGGAGCUGGUUCCCGGUCUUGUACAGCAACAACAGUUGAAGUGGUCCGUACAAUUGUGCUUGCGUAUCCCACCUUCUACUGGACAGAUUGUGCCUCCUGGAUCAGAGGGAGUGCAUGUUUGUAGGAGCAAAAUUUUAUUCUUCUUGCAACUUACGAGAAUAGGUAUGACGUAUCCGGGAGAAACGUCCUUCGUCCUACCAUUUGUGUAUGACGUCACCACGAAUUUAACGCAACUGGCGGAAAGAAGAGAUCUUAGUCCGGCGAUUACAGCAGCCUCCAUGCAGCUGAAGAGAUUCGCCGAGUACGGCGCGAAUCAGUCGGAAUGUUCUCUGUUCCCUGCUGUAAGGGAUCUUUUAGCUAAUUUCACGUUGCCAUCGGAACCGCCGGUUAUAUCACAGGUUGUGGCGUCUCCCGCGGGAAAUCAAGUACCUCCUACACAGCAGAUUCAGAACGCAGCGAUGCAAAUGCACUCGCCGAUGACUGGCGGCCAAGGACCGCCGCAGGGACCAUAUGGAAUCCAAAGUAUGCCACCGAUGGGCAUGAUGGGUGGACCGCCUCAAUAGGAUUUGCUUUACUCUCCUAAUCCCCUUUGUCUGCCGAAUCAUCCGACAUGGAUGAAUUAAGAAUGUAAACGUUCUUUCAGAGGACGCACGCGUUUCCAUCUUGAGCAGAUUUACAUUUUAUGGGGAAGACUUUAGGAGAGAGAGAUAGCUAUGUAUUUGCCACAUUCAAUUCGAGAAAUGAUAUAGAUAAAUAAGUUAAUGAAAACUACAAGAAAACUAUCAUGAAACCAUUCUGUAAAUGAUAGUCUGAUAUCUCUGAAAUCGCUGUUACAGAUAUUUUGUGUCUUACUAUUGACUAAUAGUCAACUACAUACACUAUUUUGACAAAUAUAAAACGCUAAAAAAAUGUAUAAAUUGUAUUAUAUGAUAACUAAGGAGAUUUUAAUGGAGAAUUACAUUUUGUCAAUGAAAAUUUCUUUUUAUUUACAUUAAUUGAUAUUCCAAGUUAAAAAUUAUCUGUACGCAAGUAGAGUACAAAUCUAUUAUUGAGAUAAGUAUCUUCUUGUAACAUAUAUAAACAGUCCGCUAUAUUAAUAUGAAUGCGAAAUAGUGAAUUUACAUUGUAGCAAAUGAAAAUUAUUUGCGAAAAUACAAAUGUAAAAAUGGUCAUAAAUAUAUGUUUGUUAGAUGUUUGUCUAAAGAUGUUUGACAAACCAUAUUAUAUGCUUCUUUAAGUAUUUGUGUGUGUGUGUGUGUGUGUGUAUGUAUGCGUGUAUGAACGUUCUACUUUUUAAUGAAUACGUUUAAUAUUAUUUUACAUGAAUAAAUGUGUAGAAAUCUUAAAUGUUUAUACAAACGAUAUGAAAUCAAUUUCUCACAUGUGUAAUCUUAUACUUGCUCUACUUGCUCGUCUGUUUGUUUUACAAAGACGUGAUUUAACAAAGAAUCUAUUAUGGAAGUUAAAUUAUCCCUACAAUUGUUGCUGGAAUGAAUCGAUAAAAUAAAACAAUUUGCACAUUACAUAUUUUAUCUGGGAUUUAUGAAUAAUAUAAAAUUUUUAUUUUGGUUCUGCGUGUACAGCUCUUUUUUUACAAAAACAUGUAAUACUCUUAACAAAAAUCAAUCGUACUAUAUUCUUAAUAUAUGCAAUUGUACAGUACUCAUACAGUUAAUAAUAAUAUAUUGGAAUACAACUGUAUAUCGAUAAUCGCAUCUCAAAUAUAUAUACACUUUUAGGUCAGGUAUCAGUCUCUGUAUAUAAAAUUUGAAUACAUCUUGAUACAACUAUUUCGUGAUAA